GCUCGCAUAUUGGAAGAAAAACUUUAGUAUUUUGCAUAGUAAAUUAAAUUGGUAAAUGAUUAUUAAAUUGUGAUUUUGUUAUAUUGCAUUUAAAAUUUUUAAAUAUGAUUGAACUAGUAAUAGACCCAAAUAUAAGGGUCUGGGUAUUUUUACCCAUUGUUAUAAUAACAUUUUUAGUAGGAAUAGUAAGGCAUUAUGUGUCAAUUUUAAUCUCUACACAAAAAAAGGCAGAGCUAACCCAAAUUCAAGAUAGUCAAGCUAUGAUUAGAGCUCGUCUAUUACGGGAGAAUGGAAAAUAUUUAACAGCACAUUCCUUUGCAAUGCGGAAACAUUUUUUUAAUAAUGAAGAGGUGGGUUACUUUAAGACCCAAAAACGACCACCAGUUAGUCCGAACUCAACUGCAAUGUUAUCUGAUUUAGUAAAAGGAAAUUUUAUUAAUGUUUUGCCAAUGGUAAUAAUCGGUGGUUGGAUCAAUUGGAUGUUUUCAGGAUUUGUUACAACGAAAGUUCCUUUUCCACUAACAUUGCGUUUUAAACCAAUGUUACAACGUGGAGUUGAAUUAGCGUCCUUGGAUGCCGCAUGGGUGUCUUCAGCUUCUUGGUAUUUUUUGAAUGUUUUCGGUUUGCGAAGUAUUUAUACCCUUGUGCUUGGAGAAAAUAACGCUGCUGACCAAACGCAAGCAAUGCAAGAUCAAAUGUCUGGGGCAGCCAUGGCAAUGCCCCCAGACCCAAAAGCUGCGUUUAAAGCAGAAUGGGAAGUUUUAGAAAUAACCGAAUAUAACAAUGCACUUAAGAAUGUCGAAUUAGAUCUUUUAAGCCAAAUAGGUGGAUCAUAUAGAGAAGUUAAUUCCGUACAUCAUCAAAACAAAGCUGACAUUGAUACAAAUUUUAAAAAUUAAACUAAUAUAGAGAAAUUUUAUUUUCAAAUUAGAUAAUUUAUUUUUUUGAAUAUCAUUUUUGUUAAUAUUGGAUUGGAUGCAUUACAUUGUAUUUUGCAAAAAUUAAAAAUAUAUUAGACAGAUAAAUGUAAGUA